CAAUGGCGAACCGUGAAAAUGGAAAUCCAUUUUCGGGUUCCUUUCUCGGUUCUAGUGGCCUAAAACGAUCUUAUGUUAUCCAACUUUUAGUCACAAUCAAAAUACUGAUAAUCACACUCCACAUUACAACUAGUCAAGUCCAGCAGCAAGAGACCACCCAUGAUGGGAUUGUGGUGUUUGAGUACAGCAGCUACAGGAGUGUAUCGAUGGUCAGCUACCACGUACCAGAGAAGACAUCCACAUCAACUUGGAUCAUCAAGUCAUACCCAACUAAUGCCAAGUGUCCUGUCAAAAAUAUCACACUUCAGCUUCGUCACUCUGGCUAUCCCUUGACCAAUCCCUGGGACGAUGAAUACCCAGAUAAGUUCAGGGUCGGUGGAACCAGCACAUAUACCAUCAAUCUCAGAUCAAACAACAUAUCAGUGGCAUUCUUUACGAUGAAUCCCCUACCAGGGAACUGGUAUGCAGCAGCUUAUAUCAGAGAGAAGGAGGACAACCAUAUAGCACAGAAGGGCCUAGGCAUAUCGUGUACAUACUUGUUCCGAGUCUCUCAGGUGGUCAUCACACUGAAUGCAGUGGCAGAGAUCAUCAUCCCAGCAGAGGAACGCUCUGUUGUCUAUGAUUUAGAUAUCCCGAGCUCAAACAGUUCCCAUGUCUCCAGGUUUAUUUUCCCUGAGGGAGUCACGAUGUAUAGUAUAACUGUGGCCUCCUGUUUUGUCGGAGACAAACCAUCUGAUCUCGCCAACAUCACUUGCCCGCUCACUAUCUACACCGAGGCUCUUAGUCUACCAAAGACAAACUCUGCAGCUACAAACUGUUCGAAGUUAAUGAGUGUACCAUGUGUCCAUUCAGAUUAUAGACCUGCACCGAAUGUUUGGAAUUACCUGGGUAUUAUCAAAAACACCAAUGCAUCCUUGAAAUUGAAGUUAACCAUUAUGUAUGAAGUGUGUCGAUCAUAUGUGAAUAACAUGUACACCUACCAAGUGGAUGUGCUGAAGGACGUCCAGCCCACCCAGGUCAUCCCAAAAGAAGACACGUUCUCCACCGCCUUACCCAACGUGACUGAUGUUGACGGUCUCUUUAUGAUGCCACCUAAACCCGUCAAGCCCAAGUAUAACGUCCAUCCAACUGUCAGGUCCAAGUCUCGCUCAAGGUCAAAAUCUAAGAAGGUGAAGAAUGUCCGCGACCAAUACCAUGGCUGCGUCAUGCAUCCUCCGAUGGAGAAACGGCGCCGUACGGAGCUUUACUUCAUGUAUGCAAUACUGUAUCCGGACCUGAGGAGUAACGGUCAUGGCCUCAACGUCACUGAUACCAUCACUGUGUCUAAGUUCCACCUCCAGGCUCCCAAUCUCGAUGGCGGUGGAACGAUGAAUCUGAAAGUACAAUUUGUCAACAGAAAUAAGUUUGACUAUCUUGACGACGACGUCCAAAAAGUGAGCGUGGAGUUCUGUUUUCAGAAGAACAUCAUCCCGGUCAAUGGGAGCGACAUACUUUGUGAUAGCAACUACUUAAUCCAAAUCAACACGAGCUCAAAGACUGGAGCGGAUUGGUUGUUUGUGCCUUACCCUGAAGAAGGGCCCUGGUAUCUGGCGGUCAAGAGGACCUGUUAUAUUGAUGAUCCUUUAGGAACAUCAAAAAUAAUCUUACAGCGGUGCCUGGAGGACCAAACAGAAAUUGUAUUCAUCCUGGACAGCAUGCCGUGUGUAGAGAAAGACUGUAACAGCCACGGCAAAUGCCAGAUGUAUUAUAGCAAUGUAUUCUUCUUCUCGUCAUGCAAAUGCGAGUCAGGUUAUCGAGGGUAUGGUUGCUCAGACAGCAGGUCAGCCCGAAGUCACACGGAACUCCUCGCAGGAGUACUAUUACUCACAAUGAGUAACUUACUAUUCGCCCCAGCGGCAGCUCUGGCGUUUUAUAGGCGAUACUUUGUCGAAGGCACAGUGUAUCUCUUUACGAUGUUCUUCUCAACAUUUUACCAUGCCUGUGAUCAAGAUAUGGGCUACAACCUUUGCAUCAUUCCAUACAACGUGUUAAGUUACUGUGACUUUUACGGAUCAUUCAUGUCUUUUGCUGUCACGCUCAUCGCAAUGUCGAAACUCCAGGAACCAAUCAGAUCAGUCGGAUACACGAUCGCUGCCUUGUUUUUAGCGUUUGGCGUGGAAUGGGAUAAACACAGUUUGUGGGUGUUUGCAAUACCCGUUGGAGUGGGCUUAGUUUUACUGUUGGUCUCCUGGAGCUGUAUGUGUCACAAAAGAAAGAACUGUUUCCCAAGCAAGAAACGCUGGGUCCUCUUCAUCAUGCCAGGAGCCGCGUUGGCUAUUAUCGGCUGCUGUCUCUUCGCAUUCGUUGAGACCACAGAUAAUUAUGCAUACAUCCACAGCUCGUGGCACAUCAUGAUGGCGGCGGCCGUCAUGUUUGUGCUGCCCCCUAGGGUCAAGGAGAAGAGGGAGAGCCAGGAGUCUCUUUUACUCGGCACGGACGUGGAGUUGUGAUGUAGGCAGCAAUGGAGGUGGGGCUCUGAAAUCUUUGUAUAAUCAGCUUUUUCAGGAGAAAUCUUAGGUCACAAAUGCCUGGAAUAUUUGGAGGGACGAAGUAAUUGCACAGGUGACAAAUAGUAAUGUGUAACUGUUAAAGUCUGUUGAUGAGCAGACUAUGUCUUGUAAUAUGAAGUUAGUUAGUCCUGAAUACAACCUGUCAUUGCACUAGGACAGUGGGGUUAGUUGUAUGUUGGCUUUUAGAGAGAAAUAGUCAACAACAACUCUAUUUUUACACACAUUUUGUCUUUCUCAUGACACUGUCUUUAUUGUACAUGGCAUGUGACCGUCUUCAUUACUGACAGCCAAGAAGCUGAAGUGGGGAUCAAUUUAUAUGUAUUCCUCUCAAUGAUUCAACCAACAUGUUUGUCUCGAGGUAAAACCAGUUAUCGCUGGCUAACAUAUCUAUCACAGGUUGGAGUAGUGACCAAUCCUUGAUGCAGCCGCCAGCAAUGAUCCUAUAAACAAGCUUUUUUUACAUGCGAUGAUUAUUGCAGGUUGCAGUGAUGAUCGUCACUUGUUGCGGGGUGCUUGAGAACAUUAGGAAAUAUCUCAAUGACAAUUCACAAAAAGGAGAAUUCAUGACAGAAGGGAAUUUUUGAUUGACGUUUUUACAAUAUUCAUUAAUAUCGCUUUACUGUUGCACAGUUCUGCGUAAUGUUUAGAUCAUGACAAAUAAUUUAUGAUUAUUUCAUUAGGAGUUUGUUUUGUUUAUUGACAUAUUUGUUGUUAUUAUUGUGAUGUGUCUCUCAGUAUUGGACCAUGAUUAAAGGAGGACUGUCUACAGAUUCUCUGGCCGGCACUAACAGUUGCAUAGUUCCUGUGUGAAAGAUACUGCAGGAAUGGCCUCCAGUAGUACACAUAAACAGCUGGUAACAUUGAAGUUACACGUUACACUCUUUCCAAGGACUCUGUGACUAUCAAUAGUGCCAGCACAGCAUUAUCUGGAUACACUCCUCCUUUGAUGUGGAUGAUUUUUAUGACUGUUCGCAUUCAUCAGUCAUGUCAAUGUGUUCAUUUUGAAUUGAUAUGAUGAUGUUUUGGCAUUCUCUACUUAAUAUACAGAUUGUUUCAAAGAACUAACCCUGUCUGAUGAAUAACUGAUAAGUUGGUACAGUUUGAUGGGAUAUGCCUGAAAAACAGUGAUUUUCAAUAUACUCCACCUCUCGAUUUUGUUAAAUAAUGACUGGUACAUUUGAUAAAUAGAGGAGUGUUCUUGGAACGUGCUGAAAGAGGCUGUUCAUUUAGGUGGUAUGUGUGGAUCGAGGACGGGGGUAGCUUUGUCCAUUUUGCGUACGGAUGUGGACAGGUUGGUUAAAGGGUAAAACAGUGAAAUAGUAUCGGGAUACAGGAAACGUCAAGCAUUUCUAAAGAGGCGUUUACCAUAGGAAUGAGUUAGAUGGUACAGAGUAAUGUUUAUAUUUUUCAAUCCCAAUGGGAGUACUUCGUGCAUGAAAGCUUGUACAUAUUGAAUGUUGUAAGGAGAUAAUCUUCUAGGUGAAUUGUAAUUGGUUAUUAUUGAUAAAUUAAGUAUGAUAGCAUUACUAUGAAUUGUGAUGGAAUUUGCAUUGUUUACAUUCACCCCUUUGCACUUCACUAAGCAAUAUUUUCAAAAUACCACCAUAACAUUUUAAAAGCCACCAUUAGGUACACAGUGAAACACAAUGUAUAAGUAUGGUGUUUUCCCAAUAGAUCUGACCAAAGGUAAUCGGCUGACCUCUUGUCACUAAUCUGUAAUAGUGUCAUCACAAAUGAUAAGCCUGUGUAAAGCUGUCUCUCGUGAAAAUGAAACAAAAUGCACUUGGCAUUUCAAUGGGGCCGUAAACAUCUGUAGAUAUUGAUGUCAAAAAAUGAAAUUUGUCUAUCUUUUGAAAUGUGCUGUUGACUUAUAUGAUGAAAUGAUCAAAAUGUAUAAAUAUUUGAAUGGAAUUGAUGGAUUUUAGCACUUGUCACUGAAUGUCUGUACCGAUCUACCAUGUAACUUUGUAAGAAAAUGAUGUUUCUAA